AUGGAUCAUCAUCAUCAGCAGCAAUUGCUCUUACAACAGCAACAACAACAGGUGCAACAGCAGCACCAGCAGCAGCAGCAACAUCAACAUCAACAACAAUUCCUCUUGUUACAGCAAUUAACGAAACAAGCCCAACAACAACAACAAGCUGCUGCAAUUUCACGAUUCCCUUCCAAUAUUGAUGCCCACCUGCGUCCACCACCCAUUCAGCGCCCACUCACUCUUCAACAACAAAACCCCAGUCCUAGCCCUAACCCUAGCCCCAACCCCAACCCCAACCCCAGCCCCAAUUUGCAGCAACAGCAAGGGGCCAAUUUGGGUCAAAAUGCGCAGCAUUCGCAGCAGCAACAGCCGCAACAGCAGCAGCAGCCGCAGCAGCAAAAGGGGAUUCGGCCUCAGGUGAACCAGGUGGAGCUCCAAAUGGCUUACCAGGAUGCUUGGCGUGUUUGCCAUCCAGAUUUCAAGAGGCCAUUCUCUUCUCUUGAUGAUGCUUGCGAGAGAUUACUGCCCUACCAUGUAGUGGCAGACUAUGAAGCUGAGGAGGAUGAUAGAAUUCUUGAUUCUGACACAACAGGCCAGAUGCCAUCUCGUUCACAGCAGUGGGAUCAUAACAUUGCUGCCAAAGUUGCAGAGUUCACAGGCACAUUUGAGAAACAGGCUUUGGCCUUCAACAUAAUAACCCGCAAGCGUGCCUUGGGAGAAUUCCGAUCUGAAGAGAGAUUGAUGAUUGAGCAGGCUCUUCUCCAAGAGGAGAAGCGACUGCUGCUCGAUUUGAAAGCUGAAAUGGAUGCCAGGGAGAAGGCUGGUCGGGAGGCUCAGUUACGAAUGGCAGCCUUGGUUCAGGCCGAGCAAGCUCGGGCAGAGUCACAUGCUCGUGCUGAAAUGAUGUCUCGGGCCCCAAUAAGGGCAAGUGCACUCGGAUCUCAAGGCAACAGUGUUCCAAUUGGUCAUGACAUGGGAGAGCAGGAACAUGGUGUUAACCCAGAUGAGAUGAUGAAUGGGUGGGUAGGCAAUGCUCAGAGAGAUGAGAAAGAGCCUUCUGAAGAUUUCUUGAAUGAUGAGGAGACUGAAAAUGGGGACACAGCAGUACAUGGUGACUGGAGAGAAGUGGGAGAAUUUGAUCUGAACACCAGAUGA